AUGCAAGAGGAAGAGCGCUCUUCGGGAUCUGGGUUACCGGGGCAAAGUCUUCCCUUGAUCUCGACACAGGCUUCGUUGUCCAAGAUAGAGAAGACGGAGAUCAGCAACAUGGCAGCCGCUGGUGUAUUCGACUACGAUCAGGAGCAAGGUGAUGAAGAUGAGGUCUCCAGUCUCGACAGCGGCUCGAGUGAACGGCUUCGGCGGGAACGACCAAAAGAGAAGCCGCUAUCGCCAACGAAGGCCCUUAACCGACCAGGGCUUGUCCACGUGACCAAGGAAGGAGCGCUACAUGCCCAGGAUGCUUUCAAGAACAAGCACUCUAAGCAUAUGGAUCAUAUACUUUUGACGGCUGAUCAUAGAGCGAAGGAGACGGACCUGAUAAAAAUGAAAUUCAACCGGAAGGAACGGGAGAAGGCCAAGGAUGAGAUUGGUGACGAAGGAGAGGCCUUUGUCACCGGGGCUUACAUCAAGAAGCAAGAGGAACUGAAAAGGUUUGAGGAGCGCUUGAAAGAGGAGAGCAAAGAACAAGAGGGAGAGAAAAGGAGUAGUCAGAACUUCCUUCGUAAUCUCCUGUCGAGUGGCCGCUUCGCUCGAUCCAAUGCCAAUGAGGCUGAUCGGGAGAGAGCCGACGAGAAGGACCAAGAGAAGGCCGAGGCUUUGGACGACAAGCAGCAGGUUGAUGAAAAGGAGGAGAAGAAGGAAGGGGUACUCAAGGAGGUUGAGGAUACCGAACGAGUACUGCCGUGUGCUAUGGCUGCUGCUAUGACUGCUACGGCAUUGUGUGUGCACGUAUCGGACAUUCUAAGUGUGGUCAAUAUCGCCUCUAGAGGCAAUUGCGUGUUGGCAGACCCAACACUAGGCGAAGACCUCCCCGAUGGAGACAAGAGUGAGAGGCAGCAUCUCACCACACUUGGGUUGACUUACGUCUCGAAAGAAGUGCUCCUUCUACGGUCACUGUCCUCGUCACCUGAGGUGGGAGGAGGGAGGGAUAAGACUAAACCGAAUAUGUCGAAAAUACUAAGCUAUGGGUUCGCCGCGACCACUCAGGUGUCGAAAGAGAUAGAAAGGUUUUCAAUGCAACAUCAAAACACUGAGAAGGGCGAUGAACGGCAGAGGCCUUACUCCUUUAUAUGGACGUACUGUAUCGUCCUCCCAGCGGUGCUGAUGACGUUAUGGCUGAUCACUGCAAUGGUGCUGGAGGCAUGGAGAGCUGAUAGGACCAGAGGGCAGGCGGAUAGGAUAGAAUUGCUCAACGCUAUAGUGACAAGUCUGUUGGCCCUUGGGGUGAUCGCGUACAAGACGGCGACGGCAGCCCUUGCUCGUCGGGAAGGCUCGACCUCAGCUGAUGUGCUGGCUAAUUGGUUUUUGUUGCAGCCCUGUCAUGUUUUCUGCAUUGGGCUUGGGGUCAUCUACUGGUCUCGGAGGUGGAAGGUGUCCAUCUACUUUUUCAACGUGUACCUUCACUUGAUGUGGGGUGUGGCUUUGGCUUUGGUCUUUGCUGAGAUGGAGGAGUACAACAAACGAGGCUACCCUCUCGGUGAUAAUAUACCACCUGUUGGGGAAUUGGCAGUGGAUAGUCCGUUUAUGGUGUUGUCUGUGCCAGAGACCUUCCACUUCUAUCUGGAGCAUUGGGUACUGGUGCUAGCCCCUUUUAUUCUCAUUGCUAUGCGAACAUCAACUAUCAGACUCAUCCCCCAGGAGGCCCUUUACGGCACUUUGGUACGUGUUUUGUUGGCUCUUGACCUAUCUCUUCUCUCGAUGCAUUAUACCGGCGUGGGUGGCCUUCUGUGA